AUGGGAGUGACACCGUCGACAAGCAAAAGCUUGGGUGAAGCUGGGACGAUUUCUAGUGAUGAAGCACUAGUUGACCUAUUGUUGGAGGAAAGCAAGCAGCCUGGUGUGUGUUCAGGUUCCUUUCGACCGGAAGCAUGGUUCAGAAUAUGGAAUGAGUACCAAAAAAGGACCAGAGAAGACACCACUUUGCCCCAGUUGAAAGGUAGAUGGAAGACUUUGAAGAAGCUAUACAAGUUGCAUUCGUCAUUGGUUGGUAAGAGUGGAUGGUCAUGGGAUUUUGACACUCAAAGACCAACCCCUGGUUAUCCAAUGGUGUGGGAGGAGAUUAUUAAGCUCAACAAGGAAUACAAAGUUUGCCGAGAUAAGCCUUUCCCAUUGUUUUUGAAGAUCCAUGAUCUUGUGGCUUCAUCCACCGCAAAUGGGCAAUACGCUAGCCACACGGGUGGCUCGGUGAGAGCCGAUGAUCUUGUUGUUAACUUGGACGAGGGAUCCGGUUCAUCGGAUAGUCCUGUUCUUCAUGUUGACAAGGACACAAUCCCAUCGCAUUCAACGGGCAAGAAAGUUUCUUACAACAAUGCCUCAUCCAUGACUAAAAGGAAACAAUUAGAUCAUCCAAAUCCUAGUGUGUCAAAGAAGAAAAGUUCUGACCACACAGUGGAAGCGCUAAAUCGAUUAAUAUCUUUGAGUGAUCGUAGAAGCAAGAUCAUGGAACAAAAGCAAGGAAGAGGAUGA